AUGGCCGCAUCGUCCAACCCCGCUCUCUCGCGAGAAGGUUCCCCAGCCCCUGGCUCGCGGCCGCGGGCAGCUCUAGGAGGAGCCCGAUCCGAGAUGGCCCGCUGCUUCUCAACCGGGUCGACUGUUUCCCACGGCUCGGCCACUACCGACGCCUCUUUCUUCCGAGACUCGCUGGGCAGUGACGCCUCGGCCUUUUCCCGAAGCUCCUCGGCAAGCUACCGGCUCUCCGACAUCAGCAUCAACAGUGACCCGUUACGACCCCGCGACUCGACAUGCAGCGCACCAGAUACACCGAGCACACCGAGGGGGAGGAGUCCAAGCCGCAGGCGGGGUUACAUGAGGCCACAAGGUACCGAUUUCGCCGCGAGCGCCCGGGCCCGGGAGAGUGUGCUCAGCCUGGGUAGCAUUACACAUCUGCAGUACUACUUUGCCCGUACUGGCUUGCUGGAUGGCAAGGGAGGACGGUUAGCACGGAAACGGGGGGACAAGGCACACACCCUCGACCUGUCAUCACUCGACCCGAGCAUGUUCCUGACUCCCAAGCCGGGCAGCCAAGACCACGACUCGAGCUACGCAUCCAUGGGGAGCAGCCCGGAUCUGGUAGCACACACCGGGUUUGCUAGUAUGAUGGCGGCCGGUGGUGGUUCCAUGGUGGAGUCGCCCAUCGAAGAAUACCACAACCCGGAUCAGCAAGACGAAGACUACUUCUCGGACGAGCUGGAAAUCGACCCCAACAUGCCACCGCCCACAACCAGCACCUACAACCACCGCGUGAAGCCAGUGCCAAAGCCACCGACAAUUGCCGAGUUGAGGGCUGAACUGACCAGCUCGCUGGACGUGGCUGAGCAGACGUUACGCGAGGCCAUGAACUCCAAGGCACCUCCCAACUUUGCCAUCCACAUCGAUUCCCCAGAUACCCAGCCCCAAGACGGGCGCCGGCCUUCGAUUCCUUCCGCCGGAUGGUACGAGAUUCAGGGUAUGAACAUUCUCGACGUGAUGACGCUAGCCAUCCGUGCGGCCAAGAUCUACUACACCUCCCACGACCGUCCCGACCGUCUCGAUGCCAUCAAGUCGGAGAAGGUGAUCAGGGGCGAGCUGCUAUCCGUCAUGGAAGUGCUCAAGCGCAUGGCUACCCGGGGCUUCUCCGGCGGCAUGCGGGAGGACGAGUUCCGCACCAUGGACGGCUGGAUCGCCGGUCUGCGCGCCAUGCUCAAGUCCGAGGACGCAAUCGAGGCCAAGGAAGUCGCUGAGCGGUCCUCAUGGGCGUGGCUCAACCCCGAAGGCUGGGAGGGUCGCGAAUACGAGCGCGAGGAGGCCUUCAUGCGCUCCAUGCUCAAAGGCCCCGACCCAAUCGAGAACAUGCCCGUGAUCCCACAAUGGAAGCCCAUCGACCGCACCAAACCCCUCGAGUCGCAAACCCUGCCCACGCCCUUCCUCGCCUCGCUCUCCAACGGCCAGCGCCUGGUCCAGCUGCACAACUGCGCUGUGCGCAAGUCCCGCCGUCGCUUCGGCGCCAUCCCGACCUUCUACGCCAACACCGAGAAACCGUACCGCGCCGCCGACAACCUGCGCUACUGGCUGAAAGCGGCCGAGCUACGCUGGGAGGUACUGCUCAAGGCCGAUCCGCUCGGCCUGCAGUACAACAACGGGCCGGAACUGUGGGCCCAGUUCGAAGACGCCGUGCUGCAGUGGUGCCAGAAGGUGCGCGAGGAGAUCACCACGGAGCUUUUGCAGCCUGAGCCGACGACGCCCACGUCUGCUACGACGCCCACCAUUGCUGCGGCUGUGCCUACUCGGACUGCCACGGUAUAA